CUUUCAAUUCCAACUUCACAAACCACCAUAUUCUGAUCCUCAGCCCUUUCCAUUUAAUUUCUAAGUUUUUCUUCUACUAUAUUAUAUAUAUCAGGAACAAUGACUUUUUUGUGCUCUAAUUUUCUCAUUAUUGCCUUGCUUUCCUUCAUGCUUGGCUGCUCAACCGUGGCUUCUGCAUCUUUGAAGGUCGGCUUCUAUACACAGACUUGUCCAUCCGCAGAGACCAUUGUGAGAAAAGCUGUAAACAAAGCGGUGUCACUUAAUCCUGGCAUAGCUGCUGGUCUCAUCCGAAUGUAUUUCCAUGACUGCUUCGUCAGGGGUUGUGAUGCUUCCAUCCUUCUAAGGUCCGUGCCCGGAAACCCGCCAGCAGAGAUGGACCACCCUGCUAAUAACCCAAGUUUGCGAGGCUUCGAGGUGAUUGAUGAGGCCAAAGCCCAAAUCGAGGCACAAUGUCCAGGAACCGUGUCUUGUGCGGACAUAAUCGCAUUCGCUGCCCGUGACAGCACCUACAAAGCUGGAGGGAUUUAUUACGCCGUUCCCACGGGCCGCCGGGAUGGCCGGGUCUCUAUUAUCGACGAAGUAACACAAAACCUGCCUCCGCCAUCCUUCAACGCACAACAAAUUGCUCAACUUUUCGCAAGGAAAGGAAUGUCAGUGGAUGAGAUGGUGACAUUAUCUGGGGCACACUCCAUUGGUGUCUCGCAUUGCUCUUCCUUUUCCAACCGGCUCUACUCUUUUAACGCCACUCAUGCCCAAGAUCCUUCUCUUGAUCCUAAGUACGCUGCCUUUUUGAAAACCAAGUGCCCACCCCCAACAUCUGCGGCUGGUGCUGGAGGGGAUCCAACCACAGUGCCACUGGACAGUGUCACACCCAAUCGCCUGGACAACAAGUACUACACUGAACUGAGGGGUCGUCGUGGUUUGCUCACCUCUGACCAGACAUUGAUGGACAGUUCCUUGACCUCCGCGUUGGUGUUGAACAAUGUGAAGCACGGUGCAGCAUGGGCUAAAAAGUUCGGCAAGGCAAUGGUGCAUAUGGGUUCCCUUGAUGUUAUCACUGGAGCACAAGGUGAAAUAAGGAGAAUUUGCAGUGUGCCCAACUGAUAUGUUACUUGAAACGACUCCUACUCCUACCUAUAUAUCUUUCAAACCCAUACUUGCUUAUUUAAUUUGUUUAAUUACCAUUCUUUUCAUUCAUUCAUUUUGUUUCACUAACAGCUACUUACAACUAUAGUUGUUCAUUUAAAUGUAAAUCAUUAUUUUCACAUUAUUUUAAUCAAGUAUAAACCAUUU